AUGGCACCUCCAGCUGAUGAUCACCAAAAACAGGCGGACUGCAAAGUCAACUCGGCGCAGAUGGAAACCCCAUCGUUCGACGCGACCAACGGUCACGUCAACCCUCCGCCGCCACCGGUUCCUGACGUAGAAGCUCCCGUCACGACCGCCGCGUUAACCGCCGCCAUGCAAGGCUUUGCUGCUCAAAUUGCUUCUCAAUUCGCCGAGAUGCAAGCUCAGCAGCAAAAGUACAACGACAAGACCAAAAGUGGCCAAACUGCGCCGCAACCUCAACGCAGCUCCAAAGUGCACGGCGCCACCAGCUCGACACCCGACAAUACCGAAAUCCUUGCCGAGAAGCAAAAGAUCGGUGACAGCAAAACCGUCACCUCCGUCUCGUCGAUGGCAGAAACAUCACCUUCGUCUCGUCGUUGCCUUCAAAAUCGUCACCACCUUAAGAAUUUUAUUCACCUUCAAAGGUACACGUCGACGUUCUGGCCAAACGUCUCGACGAAAGCAAUACCGGGUCUCAUCAAAGCACGAUCCCGAGAAAACCGGUCUCGCCAAAGCGCCGAGCCUGAGAAAGCAAUACCGGGUCUCGUCAAAGCACGAUCCCGAGAAAACCGGUCUCGCCCAAGCGCCAAGCCCGAGAGAAACAAAACCAAAGUAAACAGACUGAUCAUCCAUGAGGAGUAA